AUGGCUUCAUUCGCAAGAUCCUCAUCUAGCACCAUCUCCCGGACUCUGGUCCAAUCCAUUCGAGCUCAACGUUCCGAGUUGAUCCAGGGAAGCUCUCGAGGAAUUCUUAGUAGUACCACUCGAUACAUUCCGACCUCAUCCGUCCAGUCCAGCCGGGGCUUAUCGACCUCGUCAGCCCGCCGAGGCUUGAUCUCGAGUGCUGAGCGGGGCGUACGAGCAAAGAAUGUCGGUCGGAGUUCAGCUGGGUUUGGUCAACAAGUCCGAACAAUGUUCAUCCAGACCGAAUCCACGCCCAACGAAGCCUCCCUCAAGUUCAUCCCCGGAGUCCCCGUCAUGUCCUCCGGAGGAACCUACGAGAUCCUCGACGCCCGUUCUUCCCUCGUCUCACCCUUGGCUGUCCGGUUGAUGGGCGUAGACGGGAUCACCUCGAUCUUCUACGGUCCUGACUUUGUCACCGUCUCCAAAGACGAUUCCCAGCCGUGGAGCAUCCUCAAACCGGAGAUAUUCAGCAUCUUGAUGGAACAUUUCACCUCGGGCAAGAACCUCUUCAAGGAUGACCAAGCGGAGAUGGACGGGCCUCAGGAUACCAAGAUCUUGGAUACCGACUCUGAGGUCGUCGCCAUGAUCAAAGAACUGCUCGACACCCGCGUCAGGCCUGCCAUCCAGGAAGACGGCGGGGACAUCGAGUUCAAAGGAUUCGAGGAUGAAGAUGGCGAGGGCAUCGUCAGGCUCAAGUUGAAGGGGAGUUGUCGAGGAUGUAGCUCGAGCAGCGUGACGCUCAAGAGCGGGAUAGAGAGGAUGUUGACGCAUUACAUACCCGAGGUCAAGACGGUCGAGCAGGUCUUGGACGAGGAGGAGAUCAUCGCUCUGAGCGAAUUCAACAAGCUGGAAAAACGUCUAGCGGCCAAGAAGGGCAAAGACGCUGGUUCUGAAGGAGGUGAUGGAAUGUCGCAAUACAUGUCCCUCUAG